CGCUCUCACCAAACUCCAAGCUCGUACUAAAAAUUCAUAUAAAAAAAGCUCUCUCGCGUCAAAAGGUAGGAGAAAGAGCGCGAGAGAGGGCGAGAGAGCGCGAGAGAGGGCGAAAUGGGCGCGAUGCGUUUCGUAGCGGCGGCGAUGUCACUUUGGAUCUGUUUCGGGAUCGUCGGAGUCGCAUCGGACGCGUCGGAUCACCGCUACAACGCGGGCGAUCCCGUUCCCCUCUACGCCAACAAGGUCGGCCCCUUUCAUAACCCUAGCGAGACGUAUCGGUACUUCGAUCUCCCAUUCUGCUCCCCAGAACAUCCGAAUGAGAAAUCAGAAGCUCUCGGCGAAGUCUUAAACGGAGACCGCCUUGUUGACGCUCCCUACAAGCUCGACUUCCGUGUGGACCUCGAUUCCAAGUUGGUAUGCAAGAAGAAGCUCACUAAAGAAGAUGUAGCCAUGUUCAGAAGUGCGGUCACCAAGGACUACUACUUCCAAAUGUACUAUGAUGACCUGCCGUUAUGGGGAUUUCUUGGGAAGGUCAGUAGGGAGGGAAAAACCGACCCUAGCGAGUAUAAGUACUAUCUUUUCAAGCAUAUCCACUUUGAUAUCCUCUAUAACAAUGAUCGGGUGAUCGAGAUCAACGCCAACGCUGAUCCCAAUGCUUUGGAGGAUAUCACCGAGGAUAAGGAUAUUGAGGUCGAGUUCUUGUACUCGGUGAAGUGGAAGGAGACGAAUACGCCCUUUGAGAAGAGGAUGGAGAAGUACUCGCAGUCUUCCUCGCUACCACACCACUUGGAGGUCCAUUGGUUCUCGAUAAUAAACUCAUGCGUCACGGUUCUGUUACUGACAGGAUUCCUCGCCACGAUUCUCAUGCGGGUUUUGAAGAAUGAUUUUGUCAAGUACGCUCACGAUGAGGAAUCCGCAGAAGAUCAAGAAGAGACUGGAUGGAAAUAUAUACAUGGAGAUGUCUUCAGAUAUCCGAAGAACAAAUCGCUCUUCGCUGCUUGCAUUGGAUCUGGCACUCAGCUAUUUGCUCUCACAAUUUUCAUCUUUCUUUUAGCUUUAGUUGGCGUGUUCUACCCAUACAACCGAGGAGCUCUUUUUACUGCGUUGGUUGUAAUAUAUGCACUUACAUCUGGCAUUGCUGGUUAUGUUGCAACCAAUUUCUAUUGUCAACUUGAAGGAACAAAUUGGGUAAGGAAUUUGCUUUUGACAGGAUUUCUGUUUUGUGGGCCUCUCUUCCUGACAUUCAGCUUUCUCAACACUGUCGCCAUUGUAUACAGUGCUACAGCAGCACUGCCAUUUGGCACCAUCCUCGUUAUUCUCCUCAUCUGGGCACUUGUGACUUCUCCUCUGCUUAUUCUGGGCGGGAUUGCUGGCAAAAACAGCAAGGUGGAAUUUCAAGCACCUUGUCGGACAACUAAAUAUCCUAGAGAGAUCCCGCCACUGCCAUGGUAUCGCACAACUGCUCCACAGAUGGUGAUGGCUGGUUUUCUUCCGUUUAGUGCUAUCUACAUCGAGCUUUACUAUAUAUUUGCCAGUGUAUGGGGUCACAAGAUCUACACUAUAUACAGCAUCCUCUUCAUAGUCUUCAUCAUUCUCCUCAUCGUCACUGCCUUCAUUACGGUGGCGUUGACCUAUUUUCAGCUUGCUGCUGAAGAUCAUGAAUGGUGGUGGAGGUCAUUCCUCUGUGGUGGAUCAACAGGCUUAUUCAUAUACGGUUACUGUUGGUACUACUACUAUGCGCGGUCGGACAUGUCAGGUUUCAUGCAGACCUCUUUCUUUUACGGGUACAUGGCCUGCGUCUGCUAUGGCUUCUUCCUCAUGCUCGGGACCAUCGGCUUCCGUGCUGCCUUGUUCUUUGUCCGUCACAUAUAUGGAUCUAUCAAAUGCGAAUAAUCUGUUCCCGUAUAAUGCCUGGUAUUAAUCUUAUUCUUGUGCUUAAUCUAACCUUCUACUAUAGCGAGAGAGAUAGAGAGAGAGAGAGAUAGUAUACUUUUCGUAGAAGGUGAUUGGAACUCAAAAAGAUGCGAAACAACUGAUAGAGUUAAAAGGAUCAACUUUUUCUUUUGUCGAAAGCCGAAGCUCGUAUUGCUGCAAUCAAGGGAUUUUUUCUGGUUCAUUUUUUCUUCUAUUUCCUGGGUAACUCUAUGGAGAAGUUUGUACCAUUACAUAUACCUGCAUAAUUUUAGGUUGUUGUAUGUUCCUUCACACCUUAAAUUGACAGUGGAAAUCAACAUCACCUUUUAAGUUGGGGGUUGUGAACUCAUAUUGACUUGUUUUAUAAUUUUUUCUAAAACUAAAUCAGCCAUGUAAACUGGCAAAAUAAUCUAUUUACUUAUAUGCAUUUUUUUUUUAAA